AGACAGCUAAUUUGACACAAUCUCAGCUGUGGUGAUUUUGGUCACUCGCUCGCAGUUUUAUUUAUUGAUACAAAGAAUAAAAACAUUGCAUCUUGAAGCGUACCUAUUCUACUCACAUAUGUUAAAUUCGUGAUGACAAUUGACAAAUCUUUAAACUGGACGGAAUCCAGCUAGGAGUUGGUUGGACUUCAGUGUUGCUUUACCUGGCACUGUAGUGUAGGUGCCAAAUACAACAUGAAGGAGGAAGAGUUGCAGUAUAUGUUGCGUCUCCUUGAUGACCCCUCUGAGGAUAUAUACGAGGAGAUCUUAAAAUACUAUGAAGAUACAGAACAAUCUAAAAAACAAGCAGAUCUAUCCAACCAAACAUUAGACUUUCUUAAACUCAGCCUAAAAAGCAACCCUGUGACAACAUCUUCAGUUUUGAACUACAUACAAGAAUUUUCCAAAAAUGAUGGGAACACAGAAAAAAUUCAGGAUAUUUACUUAGAAGUAUUAAAAAAUGAACUUGCAGAGAACAACUGCUCUGAGAAGUUAAUUUGUUUGAUAUCUCUAGUCAGAUGGACACAAAUGUAUUUGAACCAAUUUAUACAGCACAUACUAACACCUUUGUGUGAAGAUUCUUUCAGACAGUAUAGAAAGCAAAUACUGUUAAGCCUCAUACCACAUGAUAGGCCUGAAUUACUAUGGAUUUCUUCUGAUGUUAUGCAAAAGAAUGAACCACAAAGAGAGUUCAAGUUAACACCAGAGUACAUGCUUGAGCUGUGUUAUCAGGACAAGACACAUUGGUUACUGAAAGCUGCUGAAGUGUACAAGCAUCAACUCCAUGACAUGGAAAAUGUUACUUUCAAAAUUAACAAUUUCACCAAACAAAUACUCAUCAUGGUACUCAUUGAUCUCACCAAUAGCGCCGAAACAUAUGAUUUAUCAUCACUUGUCCAUCAGUUGACAAAUAUAUUUUCUAUACUGGACACAUACACCACAGCAGAUGAGCAGUUGCAGUUUUAUUUAACUGAAAUAAAGAGAGAACUAACUGUGAUAAAGUUUUGCUUGGAAAAUAAUUGUAAAAUAAUGACUACAUCUAUAUUUAGUCAAGUUUUGCAGCAGAGCACAUUGACUGUGAUAUCCCAAGUGUGCAGGCUCUCUAAAGUCGACAGAUACAAGGUGUCAAGGCUUCUAAAUACCAACAUUGACUUCAUGUCUGAGCUCAACACUUUGAGUGGCAAAUCUAAUAUAGGGAUUCAGAAUGAAAAUGUAAAUUGGGAUGUCCUCACUUAUAACAGCUACUGUGCAAUAACCAAGAUAAUAGAUGUCGUUCUAAAUUCUUCUGAGGGGGCAGAAGACCCUCAAGAAACAACAUCCAGUUUGGAAGAAAUCAAACGUUUGGUCUUGUCCAUACAACCUUUACAAUAUUGCAUUGAAGUGAUAGAAAAUAUAUUUUCAUGUCUAUUCUUGAGAUAUGAAUAUUUUUCAUGUUAUGAACACACCCAGGAAUACCCGUGCGGUACACACUCUGAGUGUUCUUACUUUUAUUCUAAGAAGCAAAGCAAGAGCCUCAAGAGUCCAAACACGAACAAUGCUGGCUUCAUGUGUAAUGCUUUGACUACACAAAUUGUCCUAAAUACAUUGAAGUUAUGUUUGGAGAAGCUAGAAGCUGAUAACAAAAUUGAUGAGCUGGAUAAUUCUGUCACCACAAGAUUCAGGAACCUUGUGAGGGUUGUCAACCACUCAAUAUGGAAACUGCAGCUGGUAUCAACAUUAUCUCCCGACACAAACCCACUGCAGUUGAAGCUUUGUUUGGACUAUGUAGAGGUUGACGAAAGCAGUGAAGACGACGACCGUGAGUUUGAAUUUAAGACCUUGAGAAAAAAACCAAGGCCAAGAAAGAGGCAUACAAUCUCCAAACAUGAUUCUGAGCAUGUAAUGCUAGCAUCCACAAUAUCAGCUAAUGAUGAUGCAGUACUUUCUACAAAAAGCAGCAGUAUUGACUUCAUCUCCAUAAUGCUGGCGAAACCCAAUUGUUUGGUGGCUUUAGCUCUCUACAACAACGACUUUUCAAAGGCAAAUCAGAUUUUAGAGGUAAGGAUGUUAUUUAUUAACAGUCCAUAUUUAUUAUUCAUUGCAAUAUUCCAUCUUGCUGAUUGCUUGCAUUUUUUAAAUAUUUAUUUUUUCUUAGUUCCCUGUUUUCACUUGCCAAUAUUCACUUGCUAUAUGCCACAUUUCACUUGAAUAAAGAUUUUGACGAUUGCUUUAUAAAGAAAC